CCCUCUGGUUGCACUCGGUGGUGCCCCCCCGCCCCAGCAAUAAGGUGGGGUGACGAUGAGGUGCCGGUGGCCCAGCCCCACGGCCUUUGUGCUAACCAUCUGGCAGGGCGCCAGGCUAUCUGAGAAAUGCCGAACCCCACAAAGAUUGAUCCUGGUCCAAAGUCCCCCCCGAGGUCUACAAGAAAGGCAGGCUCUGCCGGCGGGGGUUGCAGGUGCCCAGAUCCCACCAUGCGGCUCCUGACACCCCUCGCCCUCUGUCUGGGCCUCUGGACGGGGCUCGGCGCUGCUGUCAUCCCAGUCGAGGAAGAGAACCCGUCCUUCUGGAACAAGCAGGCUGCCGCGGCCAUCGAGGCCAGCUUCAAGGUCCAGCCCAGGACAAGCGAAGCCAAAAACCUCAUCAUUUUCCUCGGGGAUGGUUUCGGGAUCCCCAGCAUCACAGCCACCCGGAUCCUGAAUGGGCAGUUGCAGGGGAAGCUGGGUCCCGAGACCCCCCUUGCCCUGGAUUCUUUCCCCUACACGGCUCUCUCCAAGACGUACAGCGUGGACCGGCAGGUCCCCGACAGCGCAGCCACGGCCACAGCCUACCUGUGCGGGGUGAAGAGCAACUACAAGACGGUGGGGGUGAGCGCCGCCGCCCGCUACUCCCAGUGCAGCACCACGAAGGGCAACGAGGUGAUCUCGGUGCUGGAGCGAGCCCGCAAAGCUGGGAAGUCGGUGGGCGUCGUGACGACCACGCGGGUGCAGCACGCAUCGCCCUCGGGGACCUACGCGCACGUGGUGGACCGCAACUGGUACGCGGAUGCCAGCAUGCCCCAGGAUGCCAUCGAUCAGGGCUGCAAGGACAUCGCCUGGCAGCUGGUGCACAACGUGGACAUCAAUGUGAUCCUGGGCGGCGGUCGGAAGUACAUGACCCCCGCGGGGACGCCGGACCCCGAGUAUCCCAACGAAGAAACUGAGAAAGGGAUGCGCAAAGAUAACCAGAACCUCAUCGACAUGUGGCUGCAAGCACGGCAGGGCGCCCGCUACGUCUGGAACAGGACAGAGCUGCUGAACGCCGCGGCGGACACCAAAGUGAAUUAUUUGAUGGGUCUCUUCGAGCCCAUGGACAUGAAGUACGAGCCGGUGCGCAACAAAACCCUGGACCCAUCACUCACGGAGAUGACGGAGGCGGCGAUCACCAUCCUGAGCAGGAACCCCAAGGGCUUCUACCUCUUCGUGGAAGGCGGCAGGAUCGACCACGGGCACCACGAAGGCAUGGCCAAGAGGGCGCUGAUGGAAGCGGUGGAGUUUGACAAAGCCAUCAGCCGGGCGAGCACCCUGACGAACGAGGCGGACACCCUCACCGUGGUCACCGCCGACCACUCGCACGUCUUCUCCUUCGGUGGCUACCUCCUGCGUGGCGUCUCCAUCUUCGGCCUGGCCCCCCUAAAAGCCAACGACUCGAAGAGCUACACAUCCAUCCUCUACGGGAACGGGCCGGGCUACGUGGGCGCCAACCGUCCUGAUGUGAAUGAGACCAUCGCUGCGAGUUACGACUACAUGCAGCAGUCCGCUGUGCCCCUCGCCUCGGAGUCCCACGGGGGCGAGGACGUGGCCAUCCUGGCCAAGGGCCCCAUGGCCCACCUCUUCCGCGGGGUGCAGGAGCAGACCUACAUCGCCCACGUCAUGGCCUACGCCGCCUGCCUCGAGCCCUACACCGACUGCCGCCAGCGCAACGCCGCGCCCCCAGCCCACGCCACCCCCCUGGCCCUGCUCCUUCCUGCCCUGUUCCUGCCCCUCUUCUACUGACCCCAUGGCCCCGCCGUGCCCGUGGGCUCUGCUGGGCCCACAGCCUUCCACCCCU